AAAAUGUAUAUUAGUAAAACAACUUGAUUCUUCUGUAUUUUAAAAUUAAUAUGCUGGUUGUCAAAAAUACUAAUUGAAUCGCAAUACAAAAAGAAAUAAACGUGAUUGCUGUUUGCUAGAGCCCCAUUAUGUUGCCACGACAAUUUAUUUUGUACAUCUGUACAAUAAACUUUAUCACAUUAUUUAGUGUCUCUGCUCAUAGUCAAAAAUUUAGUGACGCUCAUAUUCAUACCCUACCGGCUUAUGCCAUUGCUUCAGUAGCUGAUCUUAUUGAUUCGACGAUAUGUGGAAAGGAAUUGCAUAAAUUUCGAAAUGCUGUAGAUCAACGAAUAUUAUGGGGCUUGAAAGUAUUAGAUUCCAGUGGUGUAUUUAAUUCUGGUUUCCUUUACGGAAAUAACUAUUGGCUGGGAAGUCGUAGCCAAUGUCUCGAUACAAUGAAUACAGCUCGCCUACUGAAUUCAAAGCAGAAAAUAUUAAAUGAAACACUGUAUCAUGAUUCACAACAGCAGUUUCCUUCUUUUAAAGUGAAUUAUUUUGUUGCUCAUUUUAGACACAACAAUACUCUUCAGUAUCAUAUAAAUAUGAUUCAAGAGGAUGUGAUUUCACUCGGACUCUGUUUGCCAGCGUCGUGCUCUAUAAAUAAUUUAAAUGUUAUUUUGAAAAAAAUACUUUAUGAUAAAAUUUUCCUGAUCAAUGAUCUCUAUUCCAUGGAUUUCAAAUUGAUCGAAAUUAAAGAACUUAAAGAUGAUUAUGAAUGGUUAUCCAGUAAAAUGUCAUCCUUCGUUUGUGUUGUUCUAGCGUUUUUUUCUUCAUGA